GUGGUGUGACGAGCGACUGCACGUGUUCGCACCGUGAUGGUGGUGAUACGCAGUACGGUUUUCUUACUGUCGGUCAAAUUCAUCGUUUCAGUACACCGUCAGCUGAAGCGGCAACACUCCGGUCUGCCACAGAUGGAGUCACUGUCACGCUUCAGCAGCAUCCCGGUUGUCGAGACCGGCAUCAAAACGGCCGGCAGCGUGUAUGAACGGGUGAAAACAAGCAACGGCCUGUUGACCUGGGGCUUCGAGACGGCCGAAUCACUGACGUACGCGCUGAUCGAUUCGUUGCGUCCGGCGACAAAGAUGAUCCAGGGCCCGCUGCACCAGCUGGACAGUAUCAUGUGCAAAAGCCUCGAUCUGGUGGAGCAGAAGGUACCUUCGAUGUAUCUGCCGCCGGAGAUGAUGUUUUGGAACACGAAGGAGUACAUGUCCGAUCAUCUGAUGAAACCGGUCCUGUCGAGGGCAAAUUCGAUGAAAAACUUGGGCCACGCUGUGUUGGAAUCCCGUGUUUCCAACUAUGCCGCUGGCCGUAUCGAUGGAGCGUUGGUCGUUUGCGACAAAUAUGUUGAGCGAUACCUGCCGACGGAACCGCAGGAUCAACCGGACUCCGGUAUCGCUUAUGCAGGCACGUACCGACCAGCACGACUAUCAUCCGAUUCCGGUGACCUGCACGACCCCAAACGGCAUGAUAGGACUGCACGCCACCAAUCAUUGCAUGCUGAUUGUGCGCCCAAACGUAAUGUUCGAAAGGCGCUGGCCAAAAGCAACACUGGUAUCGCAUGCAGUGCUGGAGCACAGGCGGACGAUUCCAACCAGAUGCAUGUGGUACAAACGUUCCACCGCGGCCAGCAGCUGUCCCGUAAGCUGAAGCGCCGUCUCACGUUUCGUACGCGCCAGGAGCUGAGCGCACUGAAGAAGCAAAGUACCGAGGCGGUGCACGUGGUUGCGUACGCAGCCGAACUUAUUGCUACCAAUCCCCGGGAAGCGAUGCAGAAAGCCGUUGAGCUGUGGCGUUACCUUAGCAAAGAUGAGCCAGAAAACCAGGCCCGUCCCCGCACACUCGAACAGCUGGCCGUACUGUUGACCCGCGAAUCUGCCCGCAAGGUGGUGCAUCUGAUCAACUUCGUCACCGGUGCGGUGACACGUGUCCCGAAAGCGGUCCGUGCGCAGACGCGCGAAAUUGUGCACCACUUCCUGUUCGCAACCGAGCAGCUAAUGAAGACGGUCCAUCUGGAGAAGGCGAAGGCUGCAACACUGUCGGAAGCGAGUGGGCUAGUGCACCGAAUUCAACACACCUACGACGAUCUGCAGAAUCAAACGAACCUGGCAUUGCAUGGUCAGCUAUCGCUGGCUAACAUUGAUCGGCACGAUUUUAUCCAUUGGCUUUUGUUGAAAGUGGAACGUUUGGCCGUCUUCCUUUCGGGCCGUCUUGAAGCGGAGAAGAUCACCACCAGUGGAAAUCCUCGCCGUCGCAUACAACCCCGUACCAACAGCAAUCCAAUGAAUUCCAACAUAAACGGUGUGUACUAGGAGUGCAUGAGUCUGUUCAGGCUCUACAGCAUACACACCCCGCUUUUCCCAGGGGAACCUGUUAAUGCCACCAUUACCCACAUGCGGGAAAUCGUUAUCUUGUUUCCAGCUAGCUACUUCUUAGUAUAAGUGGAUUUUGUUUUGUUAAUACUGUUACAUUUGUUGUUCUGUUUGUGUUUGUUGUGCUACAAACGGUGCUAAAGAGUCUCGAUAAACAAACGUGAAACAGAAAUCAUUGCUUCGUUACUAAAC